UGGAAGCAAAAUCUAUGUGUGAGUGAGUACUGCUGGAGAGUUAUUCUGAUUUGCCUAAAAGAGAAUGAUAGAUAAGGCUAGAUUGGCAGGGUCUGGAGAGAUUAUUGAAUAUAUGUGGUUUUGCUUUGUGAAUAGUGAUUGGUUUAUGACAUGAUAAUUUAUUGGAGAAUUUGUAUUGUUGUGAAGUCUUAAUAUCAGUGAUUUUCAGCAUUAAUAUAGGGUAACACAACUUUAAAAUUCAACUAUGUAGUAAACUAUAAAGGCAAUUAUUGUUUCCUUGUUUUUGUUCAUUCACUGUACAUGGUAAUUUAAAGAGCACCUAUUAUGGUGGUACUGUUUUGAAAUAUAUAUUUUUUUCUAUAUGAUAUACACACUAUUUUGUACUUUUAAUGCCUUUUUUUAGAAUAUAACAAAUAGAUGUGAUGUAUUGGUUUUGAAUAUCAGUAUCAGUUUAGCAGAGAACAGAUAGAUUAGGUGUAUUUGUUUUAAAUAUCUGUCAUAAAUUGUGGAUUUCUGAUAGAAUGUUUAUCUAAGGCUUUGCACAUCUGACUCUAUGUAAAAGGAAAAAGUAAACCUCACACUCAGUCAUGCUUCCGAUUUUGCUCCUGGCAACUCUUAUUGAGUGCCCACCCAGUCACGCCCACUAUUUGGGCUCUGCUCCCCUAAUUAUCCAGUAUCAGGUCUGGGAAGAGCAGCCCUCAGGGACAAGGGUGGGCCGCCUCCUGGAUGACCUGCGUCAGCGUGGAGAGACCGGGUCACUUGAAAACUUCCAGGUCGUGCAGGAUGGGCAUGCCCUACCAGUUACAGUUGCUGCAAGAGAUGGCACUGUGUCAACACUUGGUAAGCUGGACAGAGAAGAACUAUGCUGGGGAGCAGAACUCUGCGAACUGGCCUUUAGCAUCCUCUACAGAAAGGGUGGUGCUAUGCACUUCCUAUCAGUUCGUGUUGAGGUGAUGGACAUAAAUGACCACAGCCCAGUCUUCCCAAGCCCAGUCCAGGAGGCCGAGAUCUCAGAGACUGCCUUACUGAGAAUGCGCAUCCCUUUGGACCAUGCAUUGGAUCCAGAUGCUGGACCUAAUGGCCUGCAAACCUACUCGCUGUCUUCCAACCAGCACUUUGCUUUGGAUGUCCGUACCUCUGGAGGGACCAAGCAGGCUGAAUUGGUGAUCAUCAAAGAGUUAGACAGAGAGUUGCAGACAUCUUUAGAGUUGAUUCUUACUGCCUGGGACAAAGGGAACCCACCCAAGUCAGGCAGCACAAAAGUUAUAGUCACAAUUCUGGACUCCAACGAUAACAGCCCUGUAUUUGAAGAUGCCCCGCCAUUUAUUGAGCUGGCAGAGGAUACCAUUCAUGGGACGCUUGUCAUUAAUCUCCAAGCAACAGACCCUGAUCAAGGUGCAAAUGGGGACGUGGAGUACACCCUUAGUAAACACGUCCCGGUAGAAGUUCAAAGACUUUUCAGCAUCCAUCCCAAAACCGGUGCUUUGACUUUACAAGGCCCUUUAGAUUUUGAAGAAAAGAGCAUGUAUGAGGUAGACAUCCAAGCUCGAGAUCUUGGUCCCAAUGCAAUCCCAUCUCAUCACAAAUUGCUGGUCAAAUUGCGAGAUGUCAACGACAAUGCUCCACGGAUACAUAUAACAUGGACUCCACCAGAUUCCCCUGUUGCAACAGUAUUAGAGGGAGCACCAAGUGAGACUUUCCUUGCUCUUGUAAUGGUGUCUGAUGCUGAUUCAGGGGCAAAUGGCCAGGUACGAGUUCACAUUCUGAAUGGUUCUGGCCCCUUCCUUCUCAAGCAAAUCCAUGAAGAUAAUUACAUGGUUGUAACCAAUGAUACUCUGGAUCGUGAGAAACAAAUGGAGUAUAAACUCACUCUUCUAGCUCAAGACAGUGGUGAUCCUUCUCUCUCCUGUAUUAAGCACCUGACUGUCCAUAUUUUGGAUGAAAACGAUAAUGCACCAGUGUUUACCAAAAGUUACUACCGCAGUGUCAUCAAAGAAAACAACAUACCUGGCUUCCAUUUCUUGACAGUGGAGGCCCAUGAUGUUGACCUGGACUUCAGUGGAAGGGUAUCAUUCUCUAUUCGGGAGUCAAAUGAAUUGGGGACACAGACAGUGUUUUUCUCUGUCCACCCAACCAGUGGGGCUGUUACUGUUCAGCAAUCUUUAGACUAUGAGGAAUCACGCUCCUACUCUUUUAUUGUAGAGGCUGUUGAUCAAGGAUAUCCCCCAAUGACCAGUAGUGCAACAGUGCUGGUUGAGAUACAGGAUGCUAAUGACAAUUAUCCUGUAAUACAUGAGCCCUUACCCAAGAAAGGGGUUGCAACGCUAAGUGUCCCAGUGAAUGUGGAAAAAGGGAAGAUUGUGACUGAACUUGGGGGUAAAGCUCUUGAGAGUAGCUUCCACAAACCAAGAAAUGGCUCUUCCCACAACAAACCUGAUGGUUUUCUAGCCACCACCAUCCAGGCCAGUGAUCCAGAUUCUGGUCUCAAUGGAAGACUACAUUUUAGGAUAACCGAUGACAGCCCCUCUAACAUAUUCUUUCUGGACAAAACUACUGGGCAACUCUAUGUGAACACAUCUAAUGCAACUGAAUUGAUUGGUAGAACAUUUAAACUGGGUAUUGCAGUAUCUGAUAUGGGAACACCUGUGCUAAUCACAACAACCACUUUGGAAGUGACUUUCAUCAACUUUCGUGACCACCUCAAGAACUUGUCUCAGGAUAACCAGGCCCAGUACAGUUUUACAAUGCUUUUAGCCAUCUGUCUUGGAUCAACCUGCCUGUUUUUACUUCUAGCCGUUGUGUUGGCCAAGACAUUCUGUCAUCCCAACAAACGGGACAACCAUGCUUAUAAUUGUAGACAAGCUGAGUCAACCUACACCCGGCAUCCACGACGCCCUCAGAAACACAUUCGUAAGACUGACAUCCAGUUGGUACCAGUGCUUAGGGGUCAAAAGGAAACCCCACCUGAACAUGAAUAUGAGGCACUGUCCUCUACAUCACCCCUAAUGGAAAAGCCUUUUCCACAGUGCCAGUUUAACCUAACACCUACACUUGCUCGCAUGGCUCAAAAUCAAGCUUAUUCAGAAAUGGAUGGGAACCUACCAGAUACACCAAGCAAGACACUCAGGACACCUGGGAGCAUAGAGUGGAAUGGAACACUACCUUAUCGAACCCUGCACAAGACCAGAAAUGCUUCUUCCUCGUCUUUCUCAAACUCGCAGGUCGGCACACUCAGAGGCCACAGAAAUGAAGAAGUCAACUCCACUACCAUGGACCCCUCACAAUCUAUGGCUUCAGUUCACAGUAAUCAGGCUACACUUUGGAGACCAAAGACCACAGAAAGAAGAGGAAGGAUGGAAGAGUAUGACCAUAAGCAGAUCCUGAAGAAACUUGUUCGACUCUCGAUUGCAGCCUUUGAACACAACAGCUCCAUUGAAUUGUCCUCCGCAUCACCUGAAGUGCAACAGGUGUCCCAGCUCUUGGCUCUGCUGCAUCAGGGGCAACUUCAGCCUCGACCAAAUUUUCGUGGAAACAAGUACUCACACCGAACUGGCAGGUCAGGGGCUCACGAUGCUGACUGGCUGAGCACUAAGGACAGUGGUCAUGGUGAGAGUGAAAUGGGGGAUAUGGACUGGGAAACGGGCAGAGACUCACCUGUGGACCCCUUAUAUGAAGAAGACCUCAGUAAUCUGCUUCAUUCUGAUGUUUUCUCAGAUGUUCCAGAUCCAGCAUGGAUGGCUCGUCUCUCUCUUCCUUUCAGCACUGACUACCAUGAAAACCUGUUUGUCCCAGAUGGGCCACCAUCCCCUGAUGGCCCCUGCCCCAUCUCUAGUCUUGAUGAUUCUACUUCCUUCUCCACCUUUGGUAAAACCUCAGAUAUGAGCAGCGCGCUGGACGGCAGAGCUCUGAUGCCAGAAGUGAGCUCUCUUUUUGAGAUGCUGUUGACACGGAAAGCUGAUGCUCAGUCAUGCCCGCCUGCAGAAGUGCUGUACAGACUCUCAGCAGCUUAUAGACGCUCACUCGGGUUAGAGCCACCUGCGAAUGGUGCCAUGCCCCCACGUGCCACCAAGGGCCAACUUCCAUAAUGCAAUGCUCCAAGCAAAUGCCGUAACAGCAAGGAAAAUAUUGAUAUAAUAAUUUAUUCCUUGUGCCAUAUUUGAGGUGUUCUGCCAAAACCUCAAAAAUUGAACGUUGACCCCUAAAAACUUAACAGCAACAGUUCAAAAUACCAUUAUCUUGGCCAGGUCUGUCUGGAACAGGUUAUGGCCAAUACGAUCAAGAACCUUCUAGAUACAGGAGGGUCCAAAAGUCUGAUUUUCUAAUUUAAUACACAACUUUGUAUUUUAUCAACAAUAUGAGUAAAACGUUGGAUAGAGACAUUUUCAGUGUUUGGUUUGUCCAUCUUGUGCAUGCAUUUAAAUUAAGCAUAGUGCAGAUUCUUAAAUACUUCCUAAUAAAAAAAACUUAUAAUGACAUCACAACUUUUUUUUUUUCUUCAAAAUCCUAAAUUGGGUUUAAAAUUUGAAUACAAAAUUUUAUUUUUAUUUUAAACAAAUAACAACAUCCACUACAAAAAAAAAAAAAAGAGAAAGAAAAAAAGAAUUAAGCCUAUUUUAUAAAAUUCACAACAAAAUUCCAUCAAAUUGAACUGUGUAAUGUUUAACACAAUUAAAUUAGUAAAACUUAAAAUACUUAAUUUUCUUUAAGUUAUUUUAUUAAAAAUGUUGUGCAUCAAUUUUAUGAAAUUUAAAUGAGUACAUUUAAAAAAACAAUUGUCUAUAAAAAAAAUAAAAAAUAAAUACUUUUAUCCAGUCCUGUGUUGCAAUGCAUGAUAAAAGUGUGCAAAUAAUAAUUAUUCAUUACAAUAUUUGUAGGCAACAUAAUCAUCAUUUUGCAACAAGAGUAAUUCAUUCUUAAGUCCUGUUGAUUGGUGUGACUCCAGGACAGGAGACAUGAUUCUGUCCUCUUUUUUUUUAUUCAGAGGAAAUAGCUUUUUGUAUUCCCUAAAGAGUAAACAACUUAACAAAUCCUGUUUCUGACAAGGAAUUUACUGAAUUUUCUGUGUCACAGACUGCAGGAUUUCCUCUGCCAUGUCUGAACAGCUUCUAAUGAUGGUUGUUUUGGUUAUUAAGCUUUCCCUCUAAUCUCUUGUGGAGAUACUAUUUCGUAAUUAUUAAAAAGAUAUUUCAUGGCCAGAUAAGUUUGAUCUAAACACUGUAUAUAAUUAAAUACCAGGUUCAGUGAAGACUGCAAAGCACUGAAGGCAAAAUCCAGUUACGCUCUGAAUGUUCAGAUGAUUUUCUUAGGAUGAUGUAAGUUAUUGAUUUCAAAAUAAAUGUGUAGAAUUUUUGCAAUACUAUUUUGUAUAUAAAAGUAGCAAUUUUUGUAUGCAUAUAAGUGCUAGUGUUUUUGUAAACCAUAUAAGUGAAAUAAACAUUUCAUAAA